AUGAUUACCGACUCCAUCAAAACGGCGUAUCAGUCUCCCCGCCUGCAAUACAUACGCAUCAACAGGCAAGACGAGCAGUUCAAAGUGUUCCUGACAACCCUCUUUCAAGAUCCCCAAGUCCACGCCCUGACAAGCACCAUGCUCUUACGGCCCACGGGCGACAAUGAAGUAGACUACCUCAUGGACCAAUACGCAAACGCCCUCUUAGGUGUUGCUAUUUGCCUCUUGCCGUCCAAAACCCCGGACGAUUCUCAAACGCAAGAGACUACAAAACCCACGAUAAUCGGGGAAAUGGUCCUCGGCGAAGGCGGAAUCCCCAACUCCGUCGCCCACAACCGCAACGCAUCCAUCGGCAUCGCCAUCUCGUCUCAAUACCAGGGCAAGGGAUACGGCAGAGAGGCGCUCACCUGGGGUCUAGAUUGGGCGUUCAGACACGGCAACUUGCACUCGGUUAGUAUAUCGACGGCUUCGUUCAAUACCAGGGCUGCGAAGCUGUAUCGGGACAUUGGGUUCGUGGAGGAAGGACGGCGGAGGCAGGUAGUUUGGUUUGAUAGGGCUUGGUAUGAUGAGUUGUUGUUUUCUAUGACCGAAGAGGAGUGGGAGCGUGUGCGUGCGUAA